CCAGGUCCGCCUGAGCUCAUACUGAAGUCCUACAUCACAAGUCUAUAUCCUCAACAACACGGCUAUGAAAAGGGAGCUGAGUUCUAAAAUAAAAGCUGUGAUCAAAUGCUGGGUGAUGGCAGAAAAAAAGAAGUACAGUCAUCAAGCACAGUCACCAAGACUGAAGCGCUAGGUGACAGGCUCCUCAAGAGGAACCAACAGGAGUCCUGAUGGAUGUUUCCCUCCUCUGUACAGAUGACCAAAGACGGUCAGCACCAGCUCUCACAGACAGUCAAACUAGGGAUUCAGAGGAUUCUGUUUGUGUUUUAUUGUCUGCCCAUCAAACAGUGACAGAUUCUGUGUGUGACUUUCCUGUCAUUUCAAAAAUUUCCACUGAAGAAAAGAUCACAGAUUCCAACAGUUUAACACCUUCAUCAUCCAACUGGCCUUCAUCACAGAGACUUUCACUCUGUUCAGAGCCACCACCAAAGGAUGAAGAUCUCAGGCUCUGUUGUUGCUCGGGCGCAUUGGAACCUACGUUGCCCCUUUUGCCUCAGCUCUCCUGUAGCUUUAUUCCAUCCCAAUCCUCCUUCGCAGCAUUUUGCGUAAAUCAAGACUCAUCACACCCCUUCUCUGCUGGGCAGGAAAUGAGCACACCUACAGCCCCUGUGGCUGAGGGCUCCGGGGCAGCUGGGGGUUUGAUAGAGCCGUUUGCCACUGAGACCUUCACCAGCUGCAGCCUGGACUCCAGACACUGUCAGCCGGCUCCUUUGUCUAGGUCGUUAUCACCUCAGUCAGAUAGUUUGGAUAGUGAUUCAGCUGGAGCGCCAACGUCAGACCUUUAUAUUUCUGAAAGUGACACGCAUGACUUUGCUCCGAGCCAAACUCUAGAUCCACAUCACAUUAUAUGUCCCGAAUGCCAGUCAUUUUCAGAUAAGAGAGUGGGGCAAACUAAGCCUGAUUAUGAUACACGUGUCCUGGUGUGCGAUUCAGCCGGCAUUGUGACACGAUGUCAUCAUGGCUCUAGUGAGAUGCCAGCUAUUGAGGGCGGUGUGUCAGAAGUGAGCAAGCACGAAGAGUUACGAGCACCUGCCACGGAAGCCUGGGAGGUGGGCUCGAUGCCGGUAAAUGACGGGAGAUUAGGAAAAGCGGGGGUCACUGGUUUAACCCCGCAGCGCACGGACAGCCCCGUUGAGCUCUGGCUGGACGCUUGUCAGUAUCUGACCGGUGAGGACACAGAAGGCUGGGAGAUUGUGGACAGACAACAUCAGUCUGUGAUGCAAGAAGGUCCCUCAACUGAGUCCUGUUCUCCGCAAGGAGACAGGAAAGUCUCAGAUUACAACCGAGAUGGUGGCAUGGGGAUUGGCUGGUCCUGUGAUGACACCAGAGGUUGGGGCCCACCGGUUGAGAGGUGGUCAUCUGUGGACAGCUGGGCGACGGCACUUUCCGACUGGACAGGAAUCCUUGAGGCUCCACCAGAAGACAUCACAGCUGCCUUUGCGGAAAUAGGGGCUGAGAUAGAUGCUUUGACUCAGGCUCUAGAGGAGGUAAAUACUCACAUAGAGUCAGACCUACUGCAGGUAGAUAAAGAAACAGCAGCUGAGGAACAACUACGGAAAACCAUGGGAAUCCAGGAUCAGCCUCAGAACACUCAAAAUAUUCCGGAGAGCUCCAUUUACUCUGAGCAAAGCUGCCUCUCUUUUUGCCUUGACGCCCCGGAACCUGAACACCAUGACAAGGAGCGAUCCCAGGGCGUUAAAUCCUUAUGUGAUCCACUAACCAACAAACAAGAAGAACAGGAGCCAGAAGAGCCCCAGAUGUGCCAGGAAGAACACUUCCCUCUCACCUCUGCCCAGCACUCAUCCACUGAUUCAUCCAAUAAGACUGUGCUGUCUCUUGGAGGGCAGAGUGUGGAUGCUGCCCCGGCAUCCUCUGUUGAUUUGGAUCUUUUUCACUUCGACGGCCACACAGAGUCCUUUCAUGAUUUAUUGAUGGGCAAAAAGGAUGAACCAAUUAUCCUGAAUAUAACAGAGGAUACAGAUUCAAUCAUGCCUUCACAGCAGGUAUUUGAAGAGCCCCUUGGAGAUGACCUGACGCAUGAAUCUGGUUUACCCCAGCUGGGCUCAGUGACCACAGAACUGAUUGAUUGGGAUCCAAAUCAGACUGAAACACAUCUGAACCUCCUCACCGCAUACGCUGGUACAACCCCAGACGUGCGCGGUGUGGACGCACAACCUGAUCUGCACGUUCAUGAGUCAUUCAACACUUUACCAGCCCUUGAUGGAGCCCAUCAAGAGGCGCCACAGUUUGGGAGGCCAGAGUUUAUUAUGCCUUUAGCUCCUCUCAGUUUCGGCUCCUCCCUCAUCUGUUGGACGAACAGCAGUUUGGAAGGAGAUCAGACUUGUACCAAAAGAUCUCUCACCGACAGCCACGGUUGUGAUCACAUCCAGCCUUGCACGUUCUGCCCUAUCCCAGAUGACAAAUCUUCUAAAGACAAGCAAAAUCACAAAAAGCAGAGUUUAACAAACACUUCUGAGGAACAGUCUCUGGGACAACUGAAGCAGUUUCCCACCAAUGAUACUGUGAAGUGUCUCCUUGCAGCAAGAGAAACUGAGAUUGAUGACCUCAGAGGAGAAAGAUCAAAGUUCCCAUUUUUUGCCGCUGAUCGUUUCAUCGUCUCAGAGGAGAGCCGUUUAGCGUGCAUCACUUUAGAUUUGGAUGACCCAUUUUUCUCUGGGUCAGCAGAAGCCACACCCACAAUCGCAGUAUCUGAGAAAUCCAAACAGAAGAUGCCUCACAAAACUCACAAGCAUCCCUCAGAGAGCAAAACACGCUCCAAAAAGGACAAAUCAUCUGGUCAUAUUCACACUGAGCAUACAGACGUAAAAACAGAGAGCACAUCUCCUCAAGUCAUCCAGCAAAUCUGCAAAGAAAAUCAAGCCAAUGGGAACAGUCCGGCUGAGACUGAGGCCAAAGAGGCUAAACCGGUGAUUGGUACUGUUGUGGGCACUGAGAAGGGUACAAGCAAGCACAGCAAGAAGAAAAAGAGGCAUGGUCCGAAUACAACAACAAAGAGUGCAGGGGAGCCUUCAAAUGAUUUGGAGAUUGGAGCGAAACCGAAGACUGCAAAGGGAAGACCAGAGAUGAUUGAAGUCAAGCUGGGAUCAAAAACUGGAAAAGCUCAUAAAGAGGCUGACCAGUCAGUUAGUACGGAGAAAAAAGCUCAACAACCAGAGGAGGGUCCACCCCAGGAAGAACAAGCUCACCACCACAAAGAUCAUAAAGACCACAAGUCCAAAUGCUUGUCCAGUCCUCUGAAGGAUGAUGUCAUUAAAAGGCGACGUGUGUCAGGAGACAAGUUUGGGAAGCUUGUCAGUGUUUUGGAAUCUAAACUACCAAAGGCAGAGUCUCCAUUCAAGGGAAAGGGAGCACAGACCCAGGCAGAUGUUGGGGUGGCUCAUAAGAAGGCGUACAGUGAGGUGGUCAAACAGAACAUACCAGCAGAAGAUCCCAAGGCGGUGCAGCCUAUCCAGGCAGUGUCAGUCAGUGGGGACCCUCAGAGUCUGUGUCUGUGGUGCCAGUUUUCGGCUGUCUUCUCUGACUAUACUGUGAGCUGGACCAGAGAUGGAAAAGUCCUGGCUGAGAUCAAAAGGAGCGCAGGGGAUGAGAGCAGAGUGUCACUGACCAUCAGCAAUGCGUCUCACAAAGACCUGGGCAAGUACCAGUGUCGGCUCAGCAGCUUACAUGGAUCCAUCACACUGGACUACCUUCUCACAUACGAAACGGCCCCUGUAGAGGGGUGCAGCGAAGAGGAGGAUGUCCACUGUUCCGGACUCUUGUUCAAAGAGGACUUCCUUUCAGAGCAAUACUUCGGAGAGAAACAUGUAGCCAGCAUUGUUACUGAAAAGGUCCACUUUGGGGAGGGAAUGCAUCGACGGGCCUUUCGGACCAAGCUGCAGGCGGGUCAGAUCCCGCUGCUGGUGCAGGGACACUCCUGUGUGCUGAAGGUGCACAACGCCAUCAGCUAUGGGACCAAGAACGACGAGCUUGUUCAGAAGAACUUCAACUUGGCUGUGGAGGAGUGUCAUGUGCAGAACACAGCGAGAGAGUACAUCAAAGCCUACACCACCGCAGCGCAGGCCAUUGAAGCCUUUGGGGACGUCCCAGAUAUCAUUCCCAUCUAUCUGGUCCACCGUCCUUCCAACGACAUCCCCUACGCCACACUGGAGGAAGAGCUGAUCGGUGAUUUUGUCAAAUAUUCGGUUAAGGACGGUAAGGAGAUCAACUUGAAGAGACGGGACUCCGAGGCAGGACAGAAAUGCUGUGCUUUCCAGCACUGGGUCUUCCACAACACAGAGGGAAACCUACUGGUUACUGAUAUGCAAGGAGUGGGAAUGAGGCUCACAGAUGUCGGAAUAGCCACUUGUAAGAAAGGAUAUAAGGGAUUUAAAGGAAACUGCGCCACCUCCUUCAUUGACCAGUUCAAAGCCUUGCAUCAGUGCAACAAGUACUGUGAGAUCCUGGGGCUCAAAUCCAUGCAACCCAAACCCAAAAAGCCAGCAGCUCCUCCGAAACCCAAGCCCCAACCUACUGCUGCACCCAAGAAGAAAACAUUUGGGCCAACGCUGAAGGGCAAGUCCUAACAGGAGGAGAAUCUUGGACCCUUUUCACCAGGAUUUCAAAGAGAAAUCAGUCUUGGCUUGACACUGGCAACCAGCUGUUUGCUCUGAGAUGAACACUUGAGAUUAUUUUCGCAAAAGAUCCACAAAGCGUUUGGGUCUUUAUUUCGCAAGUUUGACAAAAAUCUGUGAUUAUUUUAUGUGUUCAUCCACAACGAUGAACUAGGACGUCUUAGACUGCGUGACUGAUGGAGUGCAAUAAUUUGUCUCUAAAAAGGGUUUAUUGUUUUUCUACUUCUGUUGUGUGAUCAAACUAUUAGUCCAUUAAAUUAAUGGACCUCUUGAUUGACUGAUUCGUGGAAAUGUCUCUGAAGUAGUUUGUAUGAGUGGCUGCUUUUCUGUCGGCUUUGCCAGGUGUUCACAGUGUCUGUAGUGUCAUUUUUCUUCCUUUAGUGGAGCUCACACUGAUGAGUCUUUUACAUUCUGAAAACAACACAAGGACACUGUGUGAACCUAAAGCUCCUGAAAACGGUUGUGUUUAAUCAUAAAUGUGAAAAAGUGUUUAUUUAUAUUUAUCUGGGUUUGCUUCCUCCGGUUGCAUUUAUUUCUUAUGCCUAGCAUCUUUUCAGGACGCAUGUACGGCACUGGUUGAGGCUUUUGGCAAUCAGUGUAUGUGAAGUGAAAGGCAUAUCCGAGUAAACGAACACUGAACUGACAUAUGAUCUCCGAAGUAUUCCAUCUAUUCAAAUACAGUCUUUCCACUGUUCCCCUCUUUCCAUUACCUUUUAAAUCCCUGAGCCAAACUGCUCACAUGAAGCUUAGAUUGAGGCUGAGAUUUUAAGUGUUGAAAACGCUUUUUUAAACUGAUUUUGUUGCAUGGAGUUAGGUCAGGUCAUAAAUAAUGUACAGAUGAGCGGCUGUUUUUGUGCACAGGUGUGGGAUCUUGUGUAUAUUCUGAGGAAUGGCGACAGUAUGAAACUCUAAGGAAUUUUAAGGCAGAGGACAAGUACAAAAUUUAUUCAUGCAUUAGGAAAAAAUACAGUCACAAAAUACAGCACUGUUUGAGCAAAUAAGGUAAUGGCCUGUGUUUUUAUGCAGGAAACUUUCACUUGUGGCUUUAGCAUGAAAACAUAUUAUCUCAAUGUUUUUUUUCCCCCUUAAAUCUGUUCUAACAGGUAAAGGUCUCCAGCAGCAAAUUAAUGGGUUGCACUCAGAAGCACAAAAUCAUAUUUAAACACACUAUAUGUCUAUUUCCAUCUGUGCCACUGCUGCUCUGGUGUAACAUGUCCGGUGCUGUCGCCACCUCUGACACGUGGGGACACAUGUCUGUCCUUUACAGUAUAAAUAAACGAAGGAUUAUACAGGAGCCACAAAACGAAAGACAAAAUGAAGACAGACAAUCAAGCAAAACAGGAAGUUGAAGGAACGCGCUGAGGUCCUUUCCACACUGUAGCUAUUUAGUGUGAUAAUGGCGUUUGACAGACAGGGAACAAACACCAUUGUCACACUCCACAGCUCUGGAGGACAAAGUUUGCUCGAGAUGUGGAGAUGGUCGGGGUUGUAAAUGCAUACUGGUGGACCGGGAUCGCCUGAAGAAAAUGGAGAAAUUGGGCUGCUGGAAUCAUUAAACAGAAGGAGCUUGGAAAAACUGAAAGAAAACAGGGAAUUAUGUGUGUGUGUGUAUAUAUAAUAUAUAUAUAAAUCAAGCUUAAGUGAAAGAGACUGAGAAAAAAUGUGCCAGGUAAAUACUUGAGGCUUAUCCAGAGUGUCCAAAGUCCUGUCACGCUGCUUUUUCUUUUCUCUCUCUCUCUCUCUUUUUU